UUCAGUGGAAGUGGACUACACUCACCAUCCAUCACAUUCUUGUGUUGCUUCAUUCCUCUCUUCCGUUUGCUUGCCCAACAAAACUCCGCCACCUCUCCACCACCCUCCGCCGCCGUUAACCACCACUUUAUCCUCCGAACCCAUUUCCAAGAAAAGGAGGAUUUGAACUCUGCUCAUCAAUAAUGGCGCCCAUUGAUCCUCACUCCUAUGCAGACUCCACCCACCCCCUCACCACCCAUAUCUCCCUCUCCUUGUACUUCGACUUCGCUUCCUCCACCAUUCUCUCCUCCGCAGUCCUCUCUCUUGCCGCCCCUUACUCCGGCUCCUUCACCCUCGAUUCCCGCUCCCUCUUGAUCUCCGACGUCCUCGACCUCGCUACUCUGACUCCCCUCCCCUUCACUCUGCAGCCCACUUCUCCGGACGCCAUUUUGGGACAAUCCCUCACGGUCACCCUCUCCGACCAUUCCCAGUUGUUGGUCAUCUUCAAAACUGCCCCCUCCUCCUCCGCCCUCCAGUGGCUUUCCCCUGCUCAAACGUUUAAUAAGUCGUUCCCCUUUGUUUACACCCAAUGCCAGGCCAUCCACGCCAGGUCUGUUUUCCCCUGCCAAGACACCCCGGCUGCCCGUAUCAAAUAUGCCGCGAAAUUGAAUAUCCCGCGCUAUUUAUCGGCUGUGAUGGGUGCAAAACACGUUGGUAGGCGGGACCCUGUUCCCGGGGAGUGCCGGGAUGCCUGUGAUGAUUCUUUGUGGUGUGGGGAAGGGAGGGUUGUUGAGGAAUUUGUCAUGGAGCAGCCCAUCCCACCGUACUUGUUUGCAUUUGCAGUUGGGGAGUUGGGUUUUAGGGAGGUGGGUCCUAGAACCAAGAUUUAUUCAGAGGCCGUCCCCGGGGUGUUGGAUGCUGCUGCUAGAGAGUUUGCUGGGACGGAGGAGAUGAUUAAGGUAGGAGAGGGAUUGUUUGGGCCUUAUGAGUGGGAGAGGUUUGAUUUGUUGGUUUUGCCACCGAGUUUCCCAUAUGGAGGAAUGGAGAACCCAAGGAUGGUGUUUUUGACCCCCACAGUGAUUAAGGGGGACGGGACUGGUGCACAGGUUGUGGCUCACGAGCUCGCUCAUAGCUGGACCGGAAAUUUGAUUACCAACAAGACUAAUGAUCACUUCUGGUUAAAUGAGGGUAUCACAACAUAUGCAGAGCGGCGAAUAGUUGAGGCUGUGCAAGGAAAGGAAAGAGCUGUACUCAAUAUUGGAAUUGGUUGGAAACUACUUGUUGAGGAUAUGGAGAGGUUUAAGGACAACAUGGAAUUCACAAAACUGAAAACUAACCAGCAAGGCGUGGACCCAGAUGAUGUCUAUUCUCGAGUGCCCUAUGAAAAAGGAUUCCAGUUUUUGUGGCGCAUUGAGAGACAGAUCGGGAGGCCUGCAUUUGACGAGUUUCUUAAAAAUUAUAUUGCCACCUUCAAGUUCCAAUCUAUUGACACUGAUAUAUUUCUUGAUUUCCUGAAAGCAAAUAUUCCUGGAAUAGAAAAUCAUAUUGAUUUGAAGGUAUGGACUGAGGGUACUGGCAUACCUCCAGAUGCUAUGGAGCCUGCUUCUGAUAUCUAUACCAAGAUUGUGUCUCUGGCUAAUGAGUUUAAGGUAGGAAGGAUGCGAAAUGAGGAUGAAGUUGCUGAUUGGGGAGGACAAGAAUGGGAGCUGUACUUAGAAAACCUGCCUAAAUCUGUCGAAGUUUCACAGGUAUUAGCUCUAGAUGCACGCUACAAGCUUUCAGAAUCCAAAGAUUACGAGGUAAAGGUGGCGUUUCUUCAGCUGGCUAUUGCAUCAAGGUGCAGUAAAUACUAUAGUGAGGUGGAGAAAACUCUGAAAGAAGUUGGAAGGAUGCAAUACCUCCGGCCGCUCUAUAAGGCACUAGUCCAGGGGACGGGCAAAGAGGAGGAGAAAAUAUUUGCCAAGAGAGUGUUCUCAGAGGCUUGCUCUUGUUAUCACCCUAUAGCUCAGGGCGUCGUUGAAGCUAUUCUUAUUAAGUAUACGUAGACAAAAUGAUACUCACCGCCUCUCCUCUCGUUGCUCUAACGCCAAUAUUUGAUGGCAUGUAAAUGCAUCCAUCCUCUUUUUCUUUAUUUCUUCUGUAUGCGAGAUAAAAAUAUAAUAAUAAUUAACGUGUAUACGACUUUUUCAUUAUAUAUAUAUGAACAUACAGUUUGAAUUCAA